GGAAUGCACCUAAUGUAACAGUGAACAGGUAGAGACAAGGGUCGCCAUUAAUAUCUGAUCAGAGUCAAACGGAGCUCGGCGCAGGGUGACGGUGAUGUGGCUGCAGCGUGAUGAGCCUGUCAAAGCGAGUGUCCUUCUGGUCGGUGGAAGAGGUGUUGGAGUGGGCGCAGGAUCAGUACCCGACCCACAUGAGCACGCUCCAGAAAGCCAUCAUUAAACACGCUAUAUCAGGCCGUGCGUUGCUGAGACUGAAGGAUCAUCACCUGGAGCUCCUCGGGGUGGAGGAUGAGGAGCACCAGCAGGAGAUCUUGCAGGACGUCCUCCUCCUCCGAGUUCAGGAAGAAAUCAAUGAACUCAAUGACCUCUGCUCUGAGUGUUUUUCUUCAUAACGGGAGAUAAAUAUCUUCAGAAGACAUGCGGCCACCAUCCAUCCAUGUGAAGGAGGGAGGGAAGUGGGAGUGAUGGAAAUAACAAGAGAAGGUGAAAAGAAAAGAAUCAAUGAAGAAUGAAGAGAGAAAGAAACCCAUUUCCUGCGUGAAACCUGACCUGUGCAGAUGGAUGAGAUUAGUUCUUGUCUGAGUGUCUUUUUCUGAUUCCACCUUCUGUCCAUUAGUCUCUGUCUUUCUCUAUAGUGGCUUUGCAUCCCAUCAGUGUAUUAGGACGUAUUUUUAGCCGCGCUGGCUGAGUGGCGUUCGGGAUGGAAGUGCCAGUUUGUCUGUCCGUCCAUCCACUCCAUAUCUCAACAGAAACUUCAUUCAUGAUUGGAUGAAUCGGACCUUUCCUCCAGUGCCCGGUGGGUUGUUUUACCCUUGGAAGCCCAAAACUGAAACUUAACAGUGAGCCACGGGCCAAAAGCAAAGACUUUUUAUAUUAUUAAGCAGUCCCUCCAGGAAGCGAUCGAUCCAAAAAUAAUAUAAUACAGACAGAGAAUUAUAUAAAAAGUUCCCUAAAAAGGAAAUAAUCUGCUCAAAAUUCA